ACAACAAUAAAAAAAAGACUUCAUCCGCUGCUCGCCACUUUUCAAUUCUCACGAGACUUCCAAUCUCAUGAGACUUCCUUCAACAUUUUCAGUACACGAAGAGUAUUGAAUCUGUAGACGAUGGACGAGACCCUCCCACUUCUUCAGGAUGCGCACUUCACCUCCCUCGAAGAGCCACAUCAACAUGUCAACAAGGACAUAGUGGACUUCGACCCGGAGGGCGAUGAGGAAAACCCCGUAGACUGGCCCCAGGCUUACAAAUGGGGCAUCGUCGCUCUUUUGGCCUUCAUGGCGUUCACCGUAACCUUCACGUGUAUAUCUGUAGUCCCAGUCGCAAACCAGAUAGUGGAGGACCUCAACCAUGGCCACUCGAGCAAAUCCUCCAGCGUCCUCCUCGUCACCAUCUGGGAGUUGGGAGAAGCCGCGGGGCCCUUGCUCAUCGCGCCCCUCUCCGAAGUCUUCGGGCGCUACCCCGUCCUGAACGCCGCCAACCUCCUCUUCAUCACCGCCACCGUGCUCGCCGCCCUGUGCCAGAGCACACCACUCUUCAUCGCCGCGCGGGCUCUGACUGGCCUGGCUGUGGCGUCGAAUGUCUUGAACCCCGCCAUUGUGGGGGAUAUGUUUGUUUCCGACCAGCGCGGGUCGGCCAUGAGCAUCGUCAUGCUGGCGCCCCUGAUUGGCGGUGCCGUGGGGCCCGCCAUCUCCGGCGCGGUGGCGGAGAACUUGGGCUGGAGGCAGGUGCUGUGGAUGAGCGCCGCCCUGGCGAUGGCGUGCGAGGUCGUGUUUCUGACGUGCUUUCGUGAGACGUACAAGGUGCCCAUUCUGAGACGCAAGGCGGACAGGAUGAGGAGGGACACCGGAAAUGAUAUGUUGAGGACGAUUUUUGACGUCGAGGGACAGAAGAGCGGCACGAUGCUUUGGGAGGCCAUGAUGCGCCCCUUUAUUGUGCUUUUCGGCUCGGGUGUACUGCAGAUAUUGUCGUUGUUCGGGUCUGUGGCCUUCUCGUACUUUUACGUCCUGUCCACGUCGUUGCCCGAUGUGCUCAGUGAGCGGUAUCACUUAUCCCCGGCUCAGAUCGGGUCGGCGUUUCUCAGCUUCAGCGUAGGUUCGUUCAUCAGCGUCAUGGUGAGCAACCAACUGCUCGAUCGCAUCUACAUCCGCCUCCGGGAUGUCAACAAGGGUGUCGAGAAGCCCGAAUAUCGUCUCCCGCUCACCAUGCUGGGUGGCUUCACCCUGCCCUUCGCCGUCGCUGCGUACGGCUGGGCGGCAGCGUUGCAUCUCCACCUGUCGCUCUUGAUGCUUUCAACGGCAUUGCUGGGAUUCUCCCUCAUGUUUGCAACCUUGCCUCUGACGGCCUAUGUGGUCGACGCCUUCGGGCUGUAUUCGGCCUCGGCCUUGACCGCGGUUAUCGUCACGAGGUGCUUAGGAGGCACUUUCAUUCCGCUGGCCACCGGGCCCCUGGCGGAACGGUUUGGCUUUGGACUCGGCGUUUCGGCACUGGCCCUGCUGGGUCUAUGCCUUGCCCCGGUGCCUGUACUGCUCCUCAGGUAUGGAUCAAAGUGGCGGCAACGGUCCAAGUACACUCGAGAUGAGUAGAAUGGAUUGUUGGGAUCGUUGGGAUUGUUACGGAUACUUCUCAUGACUGUAUGCAAAUGAUAUCACGACGCUUGGCAAUAGACAUUGGCGAAAGGCGACACUGGAAAAUUUAGAGAACUACAAAAAGAGCAUGAUGCGUUAUUAGAUAUUAGUUAUAAUGGAUUUGAGAAUUCCUGUUACG